CGCGGUGGGCUGCGUAGCGGAGAUCCGGACCCCGGCGGGAGCCAGCAUGGCGUCUGAGCGUAAAACUAAGUUGUCCAAGAAUUUGCUGCGCAUGAAGUUCAUGCAAAGGGGACUGGACUCACAAACUAAGAAACAACUAGAAGAGGAAGAAAAGAAAAUCAUUAGUGAAGAGCAUUGGUACUUGGAUUUACCAGAGCUUAAAGAGAAAGAGAGUUUCAUAAUAGAAGAGCAGAGUUUCUUGUUAUGUGAAGAUCUUCUCUAUGGAAGAAUGUCAUUCAGAGGAUUUAAUCCUGAGGUUGAGAAAUUAAUGCUUCAGAUGAAUGCUAAGAACAAAGCAGAAGAAGUUGAAGAUGAAACAGUGGAGCUUGAUGUGUCAGAUGAAGAAAUGGCUAGAAGAUAUGAGACCUUGGUGGGGACAAUUGGAAAAAAGUUUGCCAAGAAAAGAGACCGUGCCAAUUAUGAAGAAGAUGAAAAUGGAGACAUAAAACCAAUUAAAGCAAAGAAGAUGUUCUUAAAGCCCCAAGAUUAAAAUGUAUGCCUUAAGAUAUGGCUCAGAGAUGCCUUGUAAGAGUUAACAUAUUUUGGAACUGAUUUCAUUGGUUUCUCUAUAGUGAUUAAUAUUGUAAUGUUUAUUUGUAAAGAAAGGUAUAAUUUUGGAAACAUGCUGUUUUUGAAACAGAUGUAUGAUGGAUGUUAUACAUCCUUUGCUUAAUAUGGUAUUCAUCAAGAGUGGAUUUUUAGCCCUUGAUCUUCAAAUGUACAAAGGCAAUGUUUGCUUCCUAAAAUUUUUUUUACCCCACAUUAUUUUUAAAUAUAUCUUUUCAAUUGCUGACCUUAAAUUGACACAUAACUUAAUAAUAGUGUUUAAAUUGUCCUUGUGUUUGCAUUUUACUUUAAAUUAUUAAUGUUAAGUCAUUUCAUACAUUUUGGAAUCAAAUGUCGUGAGAAUUUAUUCUACGUAAAUUCAUCAAGAACAAGCAUGCCUCUCUAGCCUAAAAUAUUUGCAUUCGACCAAAUCAGUCAGUUUGUGGAAUUAAGCGGUUUUGUUUAAAGCUUUUAAUUAAUAAGAAAAAAUAAUGUUCUGUAAUAAACAUCUGUUUUCAUAUAUUUUUCUGUUAUCUUAUACUUUCAAAUAAUAAUUUUAAUUAAAUUCAGUAUUGGAACUUUAAAAAAACGAGCCACUAAUUUAGAAGAUGGUGGUAUAAUUAGAUUGAACUGUAGAAAUUUACUUCUAUGAGUCAAAACCAUCAACAUUUUAUAGUAUAGCUCAGUAGAAUUUGCCACCCCCCAGAUUAUCUCCUAGUCUGAACCUUAUUCUCAGUAGUAAGUAGAGAAGCCCGUGGAAUUUAGUGUAUGUAUGUGUGUGUCUCUGUCUGCCUGGAGAUACGUACCUAGGACUUCAUUUCAUUUUGUUCCUAGCAAUACACCUUAUAGCUCUCUACAUCCUGGGACAGAAGCCAGAAGUUCUCGGUGCUUUGCCAGCACCACAAUCCAUUAAUUUAUGGAAUGUCUUAUUCACCCUUGUUCUGCACAGCAUUACUUUUGAUAACCGAACCCAUUUCAUAAAAAAUUAGUGGGGCAAUGGGUUUGUGCCUCUGGAAUUCACUGCUCUUUGCCCAUACCCCACAUACAGGAGCAGCAGGUAUAAUAGAAUGGUGGAAUGGUCUACUUAAGACUCAGUUAUGGCCCAAAGUGGGACACAAAACUCCAUCUUACAAAUUCUAUGCUUUGAAUCAGUGACCACUUAAUGGGGCUGUUGAUCUCAUUAGAAUAAAUGGUCUGGAAUUAAGCAGAGGUAGAGAAAGUGGCGCCUCUCACUGUUCCUCCCAGUAACACAUUCACAAAUGUUUUGCUUCCUAUCUCCUCAGUGUUGCGUUCUGGAGGUCUGAGUUUGCAAGGGAGGAGUGCUCCCACCAGGGAACACGAGUAUUCAGACAGAAAUUGAAACAAUCUGGUCAUUUUGCCACUAAACCAGUAGGCAAAGGUGUUUCCUCUCCUGGCUGGUACAGGAGAACGAGGGCAUUCGUGCUGUUUCUACAUGGUGGGUGACGGAGAAUGACACGUGGAACCCAGGGGCAUCUUGUAGCACUUCAAUGUCCACUGACAAACUUGAAUGGAAAACAACCACCUCAGAGGCAGGAAUGAUGUAGACCCUUUAGACAAUGAAGUCUUGGGUUACCUUAUGAGGUAUAAACCCAACAGAUCCUGGCUGAGGGGAGAGGAAAAUGAAUAUGAAGAGGGAGAAUGAAGAUUAUUAACUACAGCCUUGUGAUGAAUUAAUUAUAAGUUACUGAGCAGUUAUGCAUAUUUUCUUCCUUGCUGUGUGUGUACUAAUUUUUUCUCACUUCUCUUACCAUAUAUGGGAUUUAGAGGGUUAACUUUGCUAAUAAAUAGUUGUUUUUCUUGUAGGAAGUUUAAUCAUGUUUAGAAGUGCAUGCAUGUGGAUGUAGAAAAGCCCAAGGAGACAGACUAUAGUAGACAUUAACUUGUUUCUCAGACUCAAGCUCACCCUUCUAUAUAGCUUUUGGUGCUGGUCUGGGACUCAGCAAACCCCAUUUCUCCUUUGCCAGCUGGCUGGCUUCUUACUGGAUGGGCCAAUGGAAGCCCAGAGGGAGAUGACAAGUCUAUAGGAGGAAGGAGGAGCAUAAUCCUUUCUGUCUGCUUCUUCCUCUGCUUUCCCCUAAACACCUCUUCCCUCCAGCGGAGGCUGGUGUUUCAGUUACAGUCAUUGAUACCAACUACUCAGCGCUUAGAUUUCUGCCCAGUACUCUGGCCCAUAGGACACCUCCAUUCAACUCAGACACGUGUUAAUCUUACCAGGGGUGUUGAGCUUCAACUCUAGGGUGUCUUCGGGCUUCUAAAAUUGAGCAAUUUCAGCCCCUUUCCUAAGAGUGACAGCUUCCUGCAUGAUACCUUAAAUGUUCUCUUUUUCCUUUUUUUAGAUCUUUAAUACCCAAUUAACAAUUCUUUACAUUGAAUUUCCUCUGUUGAAAUAAGGGUGGCUUUUAUCUCCUGACUAGAUUUCUUCCAAAGCUGUGAAAUCCUGGGUUUAAUAGUCUUGAAAUACUUCUUUUUUUAAUUUGCAUUCAAGUUUACAGCUAUGAAAGUAAAAAUGUUCAGCCACUUACAACUGCCUGGAAGUGUUCUCAUGUGACCUGUAGUUAGUUUACCACAUUUGGAAAACACUGCCCCAGCGCAAUAACAUCCAUUGACUUGGUUGUUGUUUCAUUCAUGUUCAUCUCCUUAGUUGUCAAGCUACUACUGUUCUCUGAGGUAGAGACUGUAUAUUUUUUAUUUGCUCCUGUACCUAGCAAGGAAUGUGACCCAUAUUAAUGCUUUUAGUAAAUGUUUCUUCAGUGAAUGAAUAAAUGAAUGAAUGAUAGAUGGUUUGGAAAUCA